AUGAUUUCCAAGUUGUCUAAAUUCUACUACAUAAUUUUGAUAGCUAUAAUUCUCUUUCUUUAUCUCAUUUUUCCCAAAACUGAUGAGAUUUUUACAAAAGAAUCCUAUCCUUCAAUAGAAAAUGUGACUGCAACUCAAAAUGCUCUUCAAAAAUUGAAAGACUGCUAUAAUUCAAAAGUAUUUCAAUUUUCUAACAAUUCUGAAGAUAUUUGGAAUAAUCUGGAGUUUAUUGUGUAUUUUUGUGAUUAUUUUGAGAAUUUCGAUCUUCGUCCACUGAAGAAUAAUGAUGAGAUAAAAUGGAUUGUUUCGCCGAAGAAUAUGGAUGAUAAUUUGACUAUGGUUACUUUGGGAAUUGCGAAAGAUAUUACUGCAGAGUCAAAGUUACAAAAUGUGAGUUAUUAGAAAUUUUGAACGAAAAAUAAAACUUCAAACUUUUUGUGAAAAAAACUAGGCUCAUUCUGUGGUUAGUUCAAUUAACUCCACAUUUUCAUAUACAUGAAUAUUUUCUUUUAGCUUCUUCCUCAAACUGAUUUCUUCGGUGCAGAUCCUUCAAAUAUGUCAAAAGUAUACUCCCAAAUUGGAGAGCAUUUUCAAAUUGGAGUCUCUGGAAAAAGUGGCCUCAAAAGUACCCGAAUUUAUGGAGAUAGUUAGUCCCGCUUAUAAACGGUUUUGAAAAAAAAAUCAAUUAAUAUUUGCAGAAAGAAUAAUGGAGACACAGGUGGAAAAUGUGAAUUUUGUGGAGUUUCUUGAUAAAUAUGUGAAGCGAAAAAUUGUGCAUUUUUUGUGGAUUGAUAUUGAAGGAGGAGAGUUUGAAAUUAUGGAAAUGCUACAUAAACAUGAAGAAAUUGACACAAAUAAUAUAACGAUUUGUCAAAUUAAUUUUGAGGUUUGUUUUCCUUUUUUCACUUCACAAUUCAAAAUUUUCCAAUUCAUUUCAGAUUCAUCAAAAAGUGAUGAAAUCCCUCCAAAAUGAGACUGAAAAAUUUGCAACUUUUCUUCACAAAAUCAUCAGGGAUGAAAAAUAUAUAAUUGUUAAGGCGUUUAACAUUAGACAUAGGAAUUUUGUGCGAAUUUUCCUAGUUAAUAUUGAAGAUUCAGAGUGUCGUAGGUUAUUUAUUGAUUGA